GCGGGGGCCAGGCACAACACAAACAGCUCCGGACGCAUGCGCGGAAGGAGGGAACGUAGGCGGGGCCGGGUGGGCGCCGGCGCAGUUGAGUCGAAGGUACUAGAACGAUCCGGACGACGACGGAGAGGGCUGCGAGACGCGGAAGACCCGACUUGUAUGCGGCAGUAUUGUGAGAUUUGAAUCCAAAAAGGUCCUUCCUUGAGGCUCCUAACUCUUUACUGGGCCACAGUAUAUAGAGCUUGUUGAAACACUGAACCCUCUUCAGUGUUCCAAACAUUACACAUCUGUUUCUCUAGCUUAUAUAACAUUAAAAGUCGUUAUAGAGUUUGCCUCUGCAUAUGGCUGACAUGAGGAGGCCUCUCUUUGCCCAUAUUUGGGAGGAGGAAGAAUGUUUAGAGUACUAUGGGAUGAUUUCCCUGCACCGCAUGUUUGAGGUGAUUGGCUCCCAGCUCACAGAGAAUGACAUGGAAGUGCUCUCUUUCCUUCUGGAUGAAACACAGCCCUGGACCCAUCCACUGGACCCAGCCCUUUGGGCUGUAGCAGCAGCAGAAGAGGAUGGUGCAGAGACUACCUCACCUGUGCUAGAGAGCUGGAAAAGAAAAAAUCAGUGCCGGUGUAACUCAGCCAAGACUGAUAGUAGUCUGGAGGUUCCCACAGAUAGGCGGAAGCCCAAGAAUGGUGUUGAACUCCUCUUGGAACUAGAGAGGAGGGGCAAGUGUGAUGAAACCAACUUCUUUCAGCUCCUGCAACUCUUGAGAGUGCUCACAAGGCAUGAUCUACUGCCAUAUGUCACCCUGAAAAGGCAGCGUACAGUUUCUCCUGAGAGAUACACCUAUGGACCAUCAGUUUUGUCAUCGGACCAACAGGUGGACAGCUGUCUCAAUUCAGCCUCUGCAGAACCUCGGCAUGAUCAAUGGGAGACAGGUUCCAAUUCCAGCAAAAGGAAGCGAGUAAGCAGAGGCCGGGCAAAGUCUGCUCCCCCCCGUAGGCGGCGGGGAGCCAGAGCUUCUGCUGUAAAGCAGGAGAUCCAAAUUCCCACCAAAGUGACCUGUGACAUCCGGCUCCGUGUCCGUGCAGAGUACUGUGAGCAUGAGCCCAUCUUGCGUCAGAAUGUGAUGUCAAACAAGCAGAACCAGCUGGAGCGUCAGUUUGAUGUCUUUGGGCAGUCCAACACAAUCCUCAAAUCCCGUGACCUGGGCUCUAUCAUCUGUGACAUCAAGUUUUCAGAGUUGUCCUACCUUGAUGCCUUCUGGAGCGACUAUAUGAACGGCUCACUGCUGGAGGCUUUGAAGGGAGUCUUCAUCACAGACUCGCUGAAAGAGGCUGUGGGCCAGGAGGCCAUCCGGCUGCUAGUUAAUGUGGAUGAGGAUGAUUAUGAGGAGGGGCGACGUCUUUUGCUAGAAAGUGUUAUUCCUCAGGCCUGGUGACUUCAGCUUCUAGGAAAUCUCAGACACUUCGUUUUUACUCCCCAGUUACCACGUGGCUUGUCUACUCUGGAUGUAGACCAGAAAAAGACUUUGAGAAAAGGAGCCUUCAUCCCAUCAUGGGGCAAGCCUGGAUCUUCACAGCAAGGGGACUUCAGAGUCACAGUUUUGCCACAGCUGUCCCUGUAGAAGUCAAAAGCAUUGAAAGAGCAGCUGGGAUGGUCUGAAUGGACAUUCAAGCAUAGCAGGGUUUGGAUAGAGGCACCCACUCUGGAUUUCUCUCCUGGACUGGAAGGGACAUCUUCUGGGCCUUCUUGAUGACAGUUGGUGUGUUCAUCAUGCUCACUACCGGUGUCUUGACUUUUUUUCUUAGUAGAGGUAGAAAGCAAUUGGCUUCAUUUGGCAGAAAUGUGGGCACACUUUUCUGAAGGUUGGUAGCAAAGCAUGCUGUGAGUCAAUUUUCUAAGGAAAAAAAACCCUGUAUAUUCCCUCAGUUGGCUGUUGGAGAGUGGACUCCCCCCCCCCUUUUUUUUUUUUUAAUUUAAGUAUGUAACCAAGCCCCUUGGUGAAGGGCUGAUGGCUAUAAAGUUGGAAACAACUCACUUUGUUUAAGGACACUCUUCAGUUCUGUGGCUAUUUGUACAUAGUAUAAAUAGAAUUUAAAACUAAGGUGAAUUUGUGCAGUUCAAGCAUCAUUUCUGGAUAGAGAAAUAGAUCUGCUUGUCUGCAGCAAGAGGGCCAGAAAAAUGUAAUUUAAAAGUCAUAUUUUUUUUUACAAAACAAACUUGGAAUUUUUGUCAAAAUCCUUAACAUAUUGUAUUUGCAAUGUCAAUAAAAAAUAAUUUGCAACUGUC